AUGGCUCCUUCCCAAGCAACUUCCAAUGCUCGCAACUCUGCACCUUCCUUCACCAAUGCUCCUGUCACCUCAACCUCGGCAUUGCCAUCAUCUGUCAUCGCCAAGACUGCCUCAUCAACGCCAACACCAAUUGACAAGAGAGUCAAAGGCGCCGAUGCCACCUUUCAAGACCUUUGGGAUGCCGCGCUUGAAAAGGCCAGAGAUUCCGAGGAGGACCAGCAUGUCUCCAAGAUCAUUGACACAUUCGCAACCAAGGCCAUUGAAGAUACUGGCAACAAAUCUUUGGGCGCUCAAGAGUUGGCCACCAUAAUCAAAGACGAGAUGGAGCAUGAGAUCAACAGUCAAUACCAUGACAACAACACGUCUCGUUUUGUCAAGCAAGUUGUCUCGACCCUUACCAAGUUUGCAGUCCUCGGCGACGUUGCCGUGAGCGUUGACCCUGUUCACGCUGCUCUCCCAUGGGCUGCAGUGCGACUUGUUCUCAUGACAGUCACCGCAGGGAGCGAAUUGAGAGAAAAGCUUCUUGGUGGCCUUGCCAGAGUCACUUCGCUGUUCCUCCAGUGCAGCAUGUAUCAGCGCAUCUACCUGCAUUCUGAUCUGGACACGGCGUCUGCUCUUCCCGCGGACAUUCUCGACCAUCUCAAGACAGCAAUCGUUGAAUCCUAUUCCAGCUCUUUACGAUUCCUCGGCUUUUCGGUUUAUCAACAACGACAAAAUGGCAGAUUUGUCAAGGCGCCGUUUCAGCUUGGAGAUGCGGCAAACUAUUUAGGGGAUAUGGAUCAAUCUGGAGGACAGCUCAGCCAAGCUGGGGAUAUGUGCGAAAGGUUUUGUAACUUUCACGGUCGAACAACGAUCCAGGAUGUCCUACAGCUUGUCAGCGACCUUCGCAAGACGUUACAGGAGCCACCCAAGAUCGUCUACCACAUGUACCAGGAGGGCCUCUUAUCCAAACUCCCCACAGUAGGCGCCGCUUUUGAUCAUUUUGACAACCAGGCAGAUGUUGCUUGCCACCCCAACACUCGAGUUGAGCUUCUCAAGACGAUAUAUGAAUGGAAUCAUGACACCGAAAGCCCCAGGGUUUUCUGGCUGCAAGGCUUAGCUGGUACUGGCAAGUCCACCAUUUCCCAUACCGUGGCUCGAGACUUGAGAGGGGAUGCACUUGGUGCUAGCUUCUUCUUCAAGAGGGGUGAUGGUGAACGCGAUAACGCGAGACAUCUGUUCACCACAAUCGCAUACCAGCUUGCUCGUAAGCUGCCAUCGCUGUGUAAGCAUAUCUGCGAUGCAAUCGAGAACGAUCCUCGGAUGGUUGAGGGAUAUCUGAGUGUUCAGUUCCAAGGACUGAUCCUCGGCCCUCUGAAAAAGCUUCAAGACCAAGGGUUCACCAGGACGCUACUGGUCCUAAGGAAUCUCAAGGUAUUUGUGACGAGCAGGCCCGAGUUCGACAUUCGAAAACAAUUCAGCUACGCCAAUGGAACUUAUCGCGAUCUGGUGCUUCAUCGUGUGGAUCAACACAUUGUCGAGCAUGACAUACGCGUGGUGCUGGAAUACCACAUGUCCAAGUUCACUCGCGAGCACAAUCAGGUCAACAGCCAGGACUCCCAUCUUACUGAUGACUGGCCUGGAAGCGAGAGACUUGAAAGACUCGUUAGAAUGUGUGCUCCACUGUUCAUCUCCGUCGCAACAUUUCUCCGGCUACUUCGACUUUGGCCAGAGGGGCCAGAUACUAUCGUCAACUUUUUCCUCGAAAACCCGGCAACGUCAACGUCAGAGUACGGAAAGCUCUACUACCCCGUAUUGAGCCGAAUGAUGGAACUUGUUCCCUGUUUCUAUCGAGACAGGUUCAGGGUCACCUUUAAGCAAGUGAUAGGGUCCAUCAUCCUUCUUUCAAACCCGCUGGGAGCAUUGCCCCUGUCACGCCUGUUGAAAAUCUCGGUGCAGGAAGUUGAUGGUCAGCUCCGUUAUCUCCGCUCAGUUCUUGAUUUGCCGGAUGACAGUUCCCCCAUGAGUCCCAUAAGGCUUUUUCAUUUAUCUUUCAGAGAUUUCCUAGUCCAUGAGUCCGACGCCGGCGAGUUCCAAAUUGAAGAGGCCAAAGCCCAUCAGCGACUUGCCGCUCAGUGCCUUGAUGUCCUGUCAGGAGCACUAAAGACAAACAUUUGUGGCCUCAGAUAUCCAGCAAGUCAACGCGAUGUUCUUGAUCAGGAUUCAAUCUCAGUAUACUUCCCGCCAGAAGCACAAUACGCAUCUAUCGCCUGGGUCUUCCAUGUGAGUGCAGGCGAACGCAUGAUCAAAGACGGAAGUCCAGUCCACCAGUUCAUGUUGAAAUACUUGCUCAAUUGGCUUGAGUCUUUGAGUAUCAUGGGCAAGCUCUCUGAGGCUUCCAGACUGAUUGAUGACCUACAGCGGGCCACUGAUUCUAAAGAUGGCGUCGAUAUGUCCAAAUUCCUUCAUGAUGCCAAACGCUUUGUUUUUUCAUUCGGAAGCAUGGCCGAUAGAUCACCGUUGCAACUAUAUUCGUCAGCCCUCGUCUUUUCUCCAACAGCGAGUCUUGUCCGGCAAACAUUCAAGACGCAAAUCCCUGAGUGGAUAAAGCAAUUGCCUCUCGUGGAGUCCGACUGGAGCGCCUGCCUAUACGAAGUCAAUGUUGACCGUGUUUACAGAGGCGGCGUUAUGUUCUUGCCUAAUGGCUGGAUUGCAGUCAUAUCGGGGCAAAGUGUCAAGAUCUUGGACCCAGCAAGCGGCACCUGCAUCCAUACACUCUCUGGCCAUGGAAAUUUCAUCACCGCAUUGGCCCUUUUGCAGGACGGGAGACUCGCAUCCGCCUCAUUAGAUGGGACUGUUAAAACCUGGGACCCCAAGUAUGGCGAGUGUUGGGGAACCUGUCCUGUGCCCAACGCCGAGCAAGUCAGUUGUAUGGCGUUUUCGGCUGAUGGUCAUCACCUCUCAUUGGUGACAAAGGAGCAAAAGGGCAACCUGGUUGAAUCACAUACUGGAAACUUGUUGCAGCAUUUCGACCUUUGGGAGGGUCGAGAUACUGGUCAUGCAAUCAAAACUGAACAGUUUUCUCGGGAUGGAAAAUGGCUCGCGCUGAGCAGAACCAAAAGGAUCAAACUAUUCGACUGGGAGUCAUGGAAGGAUACCAAGCCGCGGUAUCUCACAAGCCCUCAACGUGCCAUCUCAAGAAUGGAGUUUUCGGCGGACGGCAACUUGCUGUACUCAGCCUCAUACGACAACACGGUUGUGAUGUGGGAAACUGCAACAGGUCAAUGCCUACGCAUGCUUCAAUUCCCUUGCACAGCUAUGACGGCACUGGCCUGUUCAAAAGAUCGAGUGGCUGUAGGCUCAAGACGUGGCAACGUUGUCAUAUUGGAUCUCGAGAAGGGAGCAAAACCCCAAAGUGUGGCGGGUCACGUACAAGGCAUCGACUCCCUCGCCUUCUCCCCAGAUGGAGAAUUACUCGCCUCAUCUACGAAUGGGUCGUCGGCCAGGAUCUGGGAUCUGACCGUCACGACGUCCGAAACAGGUGAAGGCCAUGUCGAACCUGUCAGGGAGAUUGCCUUUGCAUCCAACUCCAAACUUGUCGUGUCGUCUGACCUUGUGCACAAGAUAAUAAUCUGGGAUGCGUUGCAUGGCACUCGCAAGAAUCAGCUG